AUGAAGGUCCUCAUCCUUGCCUGCCUCGUGGCCCUUGCUCUUGCCUGGGAGAAAAAAGAACUCAGUGUAUCUAGUGAGACGGUAGAAAGCAUUUCCAGCAGUGAGGAAUCCAUUACCCACAUCAACAAGAAACCUGAGCAGUUUGAAAAUGAGGAACAGCAACAAAGAAAGGAUGAACGCCAGGACAAAAUCCACCCCUUUGUCCAGCCACAGCCUCUUUUCUAUCCUUAUGCUGAGCCCAUGCCUUACCCUGUCCUUCCACAAAACAUCCUGCCUCUUGCCCAGCCUGCUAUGGUGCUGCCUCUCCUUCAGCCUGAAGUGAUGGAAGUCCCCAAUACUAAGGAGACCAUCAUUCCUAAGCGCAAUGUGAUGCAAUUGCCUAAAUCUCCAGUAGUGCCAUUUCUUCAGCGCCAGAUCCCAAACCUCACUGAUCUCAAAGCACAGCUUCCUCUGCCUCUGCUCCAGCCCUGGAUGCCCCAGAUCCCCCAACCUCUUCUUCAGACUCCCAUGCUUCCCACUCAGCCCCUGGUCUCCCUUCCUCAGUCCAAAGUCCUGCCUCUUUCCCAGCAAGUGUUGACCUACCCCCAGAGAGCAAUGCCUGCUCAGGCCCUUGUGCUGAACCCAGAGCUUCUGGUUGACCCUACCCAGGCAUUCUACCCUGUGACGCAACCUAUUGCCCCAGUUUACAACUUACAACAAGUUUAA